AGCUUUGAGUGGGCCGAGUGUGUGCUUGCUUGCCGACUUGUUUCCCGCACGAACUGCGCGGGCUCGUUGUCACCGCACCAUUUCGCUGUCUAGUAACUCCCAAAGCGCACUUCUUUGUUCAACUGGAAUAUGUAGUGCAGCCUUGGCGGAAACAAUUCGCCUCGAUGCGUCAGUGAAAUGGGCAACACCAACGCGACCCAAUUGUCACAGACUCCUCUUGGAACGGCUGGGGCGACGUCCUUCAGCAGCGGGCAGCCAAUGGGCUUUCACGAGGUGCAUGGCGAGAAUGUGCGUCUGGAGCAAGGCGGCAAGGUGGCGCGUCGAGCGGAGAGCUUCUGCAAGGCCAUUGUCUUCAGCUCCCGGCCUGUGCAGGUCAACGAGAGGGUGGUGUUACGCAUCACAGAGCUCUCCAAUGGCUGGAGUGGUGCACUGAGGCUGGGCUUCACGUCUCACGAUCCAGUCACCCUACAGGGAACCCUACCGAAAUACGCUUGCCCGGAUCUGACCAACAGACCAGGUAACUGGGCCAAGGCACUGGGUGAAAGGUAUGCCACGGAGGGCACAUUGCUACAUUACUAUGUGAACAACAUGGGUGAAGUAUUCUUUGGUAUCAAUGGUGAAGAAAAGGGGCUUUUUCUGAAUGGCGUUGACACCAGAGGGCUUCUAUGGGCGCUCAUCGAUAUCUACGGCAACACUACAGCCAUCAAGAUGGUUGAGGAUGAGCAGUUAUUGAACAACCGAAAUGAGAUCAUUCGAAAUGUCACCCUGACAACUGGUGGUGUGGAGGACCUGAUUCGACAGAUGGAAGAAUUUAAUGGUGCAAGGGAGACAACCGGACCAGCUCCAGUAGUGACUCAGGCAUCAUGCAGUUCGGAGUCGCUUGAUGGCACACCACUGCAGUCUCCGCCUCAUCGCCGUCCCGUCACCAUGCACACUCCUACCGGUGCAAGCACCUGGCAGCGGAUAGUGUUUCACAAUGUGCUGGGCCCAAAUGCUAGGCUAGAUCCGACGGACAGACUGUCGGCAGAACGUUGUGACCUCAGCGAGCAGCAUGCGUUUGCGUUCGCUUCACGCACGCUCUGUCCAAACGAGAGGCUUGUGCUCAAGGUGGUAGGCCUGGACUCAGCGCUGUCUGGUUCUCUGGCUUUUGGCCUGACGACCUGUGAUCCGGCAACCCUUGCGCAAUCUGCCUCUGAACUCCCCAGCGACCUGGAUGCUCUUUUGGACCGGCCAGAGUACUGGGUCUUCCAGAAAGACAUUCCCUGCUUACUCAACGAUGAACUCACUUUUGUCACUGGGGAUGAUGGAAAGGUUCAGUACUCGCAAAACAAUGGCCCAUUCAAAACAAUAAUGUACGUGGAUGGCACACAACAGUUCUAUCCUUUUUUCGACAUCGCAGGCCGGGUGACAAAGCUCAGGCUUGUUGGGAGCAAGAAGGGACUACCUGUGGCCGAGAGUGAGCAAAGCCCGGAGCCCAAGGUCGAGAAGAGCACAAAAGUGACACCACCAGUUGAGGAACCUGACACUGAUUGCCGGAUAUGCUUCGAGAACUCGAUUGAGAGCGUACUCAUAAACUGUGGCCACUCGCUUACAUGCCACGACUGCGGCCUGAAGCUACUGCAAAGCCGCGACCCUCAGUGCCCCGUCUGCCGACAGCGUAUAGUCAAUGUCAUCCGCAUUUACAAAGCCUGAGUGAUGGCUAGCUGAUGAUAGUCACCUGACUGCCUAGGUAUCACUUGACCAACAGUGAAUUGGGGGAAGGGUGUAAAGCGAAUGCGCUGCUUCAGCAGAAGCAUGGCUGAACGUUUAUUCGUGGAAUUUUUCUGGCGCUACAGCCUGUGGAGAAGAUUAACUGAAUGAAAAAGAAAGCCCUGCAAAUUGCUGUGCAUGUUCUUCACAAGCAGAUUGGCGCAGCAUGGGGCUCGUGUCUAGAUUUACUGUAACUAAAUUCUCAAUUUUCCGAAGUGUACUUCUGUCGCACAACUAUAAUAGUAAUUCACUCGUGCGUUCAUUUCUGAGCACUCUGUUCCCGCUGUGUUUCAGCCUUUAUUGUUAACAAUGCAAAUAUUGAGCUGCUGCUGCAUGUUACUGAGAGGAACUGCACUGUAUAAAUGCCGAGGAUAUCUGUUAUGGGACAGAGGUGUGCUCCUGGACAAAGCGAAAUAUUUUUAAUGAGCGUGCUUGUACAAAUGACAAAUUUAAUUUGCCCUUGCUUACUCUGUCAGAAAAUUUCUGAAGAGGCGCCAUUAGUGUCUAAACAAAUGCCUCAAAGAGUGUGCGAACUCCUGCUGCUCUAUUUACAGUUUUGCACUCUGGUUGUUGCAUCUGAAGCCAUGAACAAAGCUGUAACUGCACAGUAUGAUUUGAAGCAAAUCGUGGUAUAGUUUCUAAAUGGUGUGCUCUCGUAACGAUUACUAAAGGCCAUGAGUAUAAAUAGGCACAAGUUCUUAAUGGCGCAUUGAAAUGUCUCCGAAAUGUUCAGUUUCUUGUUGUUUCACUUGCUAACGAACUCGAGUGCUCUUUAUCUUCAACUGGAAUUCUUGCUGGAGUCAGUCGCCUAAAUGGUUGCUUUUACUCCUUGUGGUUUCUAUAUUGAUAGUUGGAGGACACCACAUUAAAUUGUUGCUAUUGUCUUCGGACACAUUUAUUAAAAUGAUGCAUUGUUGUUUAAAGUCAUAAAGCAACUGCAAAUAGCAUCGUUCAUGACUUGCGUGAGUUUCAAAGUGCGUGGCAAAAGGUCCUGCAUUUCAAAGCUCUACCAUUGUGUAUAGUAGGAAUGAUGGAUGCCAAGUUUAGUUGUUUAUGAGUAUGCAAUCAUCACUGCUAUAUUAUACCAAGAAAAAUGUAUGCAAUUUUUUU